AUGAAGAGCAACAACACACUAGUUAUUCUGAUUUUGCACCUUUCUAGUUAUGCUGUUCUGUGAGUUUGUUCUUUUGUUUUGUGAUAAGCCUGUUUUGCAGAAUUUGCAAGAAGUUGUUCACUUAUUAGUAGAAAACAAGGGGGGGGGGUGGAUAUAAUGAUUUUCACCUGAUCGGCAAGGGUCAAAGAAUUCCAAAGUUUUUUUUUUUUUUGAAAUCAGGUCUUUGAGUUGUUUUAGAUAAUGAUUUGUACAAUUUCAAAUCAUUAUUUCGAGAGAAGGUUUUUCAGAUUUGAGCUCACUACUAAUUAGUUUUAUUGAAUGUUUUGUCACGCUGUAACACAAUUAAUUUCAAAAUGUUCUUGGUCCAAAAAAUACAUUUUGUUCAAUGAUAAUGAUCAUAUUUGAUUCCAUGUAUAUAACUAAUCCUAGAUUCAAAAAGAUAAGUCGGAAAGCAAAAGUGAAAAAUAGUGGAAGAUCAGGAACUUUUAUUUUUUUCCAGGGAUCUUGGAAUCAAAAAUGAGAAGGCGGCUACAUUGUAAAAAAAUUUAAUCUUUUUGUUUUGACUUUGAAAGAAGUUCUCAAUCUUGGUGGUUUUUGGAGUGAUCAGGGAAAUCAAUGUCUCAUCAUUUUUUUAUUAGUUUGAACUCGAAUUCAAUAUUAGGGAUCUAGUUGUAGCUUUUUGAAAAAAAACCAUCCGAUUGGAAGCAGUGACCAGAAUAAAAUACCUCAUCAGUCUUUGGUCACAAUAUUUUUGAUCUACAGUACUUUAGAGGAAAAAAAGCACUUUGCUAAAUUAUCAUCAAAGUUCCCUCUCCAGAAUAACAAACUACAAAAAACUCGAUUUUUUCACUUAUUCUCUAUUCAAAAAUCAGAAUUUCUCAGACAAACCUAAUUUGAUAAGGUCUAAUUAGAAAUUGAUUGUUCUUUGUAUGAUGUUUUAGAAAAUUUCAUCAACCCAAAGAACUAACAAUAUGUUCAAUGGUGUUUUAUGGAAGAUUUUGUUUGAUUUAGGAAUCUUGAAUGAGGAACCAAAAAGGGAAACAAUUUAGAAAAUUGUGACAAAAGAUUAGUGCAGAUAUAGCUGGAAUUGGAAGAUUAGCUGCAAUGUUCUGACUAGAACUACAUAAUUUUUAAUAAGGAUUUUGGUUUGCAAAGUUUCAAACAACUAAACGACAAACACGAGAUAAAUUUGGGAUUCCCGACAAGAAUAAAAACAUGUUUUUUUGCAGAGCACAUUUAACAUCUCGCCGGAGUACAAAUAACAAUUCAUCAUGCACUUGUGCUCCAGAAAUUGACCCGGUUUGUGUUCGAGAAGGACCAUAUCAAUAUAGUUAUUCAAGUAAAUGUGUAUUUCAAUGUGCGCAGGAGAAAAACAAAGGUUCAGUUUUUUCCAGACAUAUAUUUUUGUUUUUGUUCUAAAAUGACGAAUGGCUAGAAGGGCUAAAAUUUCCCGUUUGAGUCAAUCUGGAUGAGAUUUAUAUAGCAAAAUAAUGACAAGCCGGAUAAAAAAACCCAGUUUCUGGUCUCAAAAUAAAUAUUAAUCAGUGAGAUGCAUUUAUGGAGCUAUUAGAUAAGAAAAAGAAAAGUGAGGGACCGGGAUUUUUCGUAGGAUGUUGAAGAUGUUGAAAAAUAUUUCAGAGACAAAGAAAAUUGUUUCUGAAUCAGAGGAUUUGUAAUUCAAUUUUUUUGGGAUUCACUUUGAAAAAUUACUCGACAAUUUUUGAAACAUUGAAUUUUCAUAAACCAAUAAAAAUCACAUUAAUUUUUUAUUCAGAAAUCGUGUUACUAUAUGAAGGUUCCUGUUGUUCCGCUAGAUAUUGCAAUAUGUUUGAGCCCCCAGUCUGCUCCGAGGAUGGUCAGGUAUGCACAUAAAUAAAAACAUAUUUUUUAAAAAUUUUCGAAAACACUGUUAUGUUCAGAUGUACCAAUCUACUUGUGAAUUUGAAGAAAGACAAUGCAUUGAGCAUAAACUUUAUAAUAAAUAUCUUCCGAUGGAUAGCUCAAAUAAAAAAUGCUCCUGUAUUGUUCCGUGUCCAACAGAAUGGAAUCCAGUUUGUGACAAAAAAGGAAAAACUCAUGCAAACUUCUGCACAUUUUUGAAUUCGAGGUGUUAUAAUCAAAAUCAGUGAGUUCUAGAAAUCUUUGCGAUGAUUUAAAAAAAAACUGUAGAAAAAAUAUUCAGAUUAAAUGAGACAAUUGAAGUUGAUUAUUCUGGAGUUUGUUGUGAAGAUAUGUGUUCAGCUGGUCAAACUUCUCUAACAGUUUGUGAUUCUCAAGGUACAACUCAUACGGAUAUAUGCUCAUUUUAUGUGGUUAGUUUCGUUUUGCUUUUUUUUUGUUAAACAUGUUUUUUGAUGGUCACAAUUAAUCUGGUGCUGAUCAUCGAAAACAAAACGAAAACCGGGAUUUCGUUUUCAUAAUUAAAAAAUAAAUAUAAAUAACUGUAUGUAGUUUGUAUGGUCUGAACAGUUUUUGUAAAACAUUAUGAUUUUCCGAGGUUGCCUGGGGGAUAAUUUUUGUGAAAUGAAAUAUUGAAAGAUUAGAUAUACUAGAAAACCGGGAAUUGAGAACUGUAGGAAUUCCAAAUAAUAAUUUAGUUUUGCUAUUCGCUUUUCAGUGGUUCUUCUGAAAUUUGUUCAAAAAACAGAAAUUUAAUUUUCUUUAACUUUAUGUGCAAAACUGAAAAAUUAUCAAUUGAAAAUGUUUCAAAUUUAAAAUUCAAACUCCUUUAGCUAUUAUCUGAAUUCUCUCUGAAAUUUUCAAGAUAAAUCAUUUUUCCCAAACCAACAAUCAAGAUCUCAUUCUUUCCAGGAAAAAUGUCGUCAAACACGCCGUGGAACGGGUAAAAAAGCGUCUACAAAUCGCCGGAAUUGGACCAUGCAAACCAAAAAAUCCACUUUUUAG